CGCGCCGCCGCUUGUCUGUUGGUUUCAGGGACAUUUCAGUUAUGAAGCGCGUGACGCCCCAGUUGAAGUUAACGUGGAGAUCACAGCUUAACUAAGGCAAUAAUGCAUCAGAUAAUGAUGGUGUGAUGGAGACUGAAUAUGAUUGAUCCGAAACAAACAACAGUAUGUGUCCAGCACCAGCAGUCAGAUGUUGAUCUGAGACCCAGAAAUCAGACUAAUCAGUGCGGAGCCAUGAAGAGAAUAUCAAAGGCCAGUAACAUUAAUGUUGUGCUGGAGAAUGAGUCGGUUUGGAGUCGUUUUCACAGCGUAGGUACAGAGAUGAUAGUAACCAAGCAGGGCAGACGCAUGUUCCCCUGUUGUCGUUUUCGCCUCUGUGGUUUGGACCCGAAACUCAGGUACUUACUGCUCAUGGACUUUGUGCCGUUGGAUGACUACUGCCACAGGUGGAACGGAGAGACGUGGGAACCGGAUGGACCUGGCGAACCUCAUAUUCAGAGUCAACCUUGUUUUCACACCGAGUCUCCAGCUCUGGGUCAGUACUGGAUGGAUGGUCCGGUUUCCUUCUAUAAAGUCAAAUUAACCCACGGCACCAUAGACCAGGACGCUUCUGUGGCUUUGCGUCCCAUGCACCGUUACCAGCCUCGCCUUUACAUCAUUCCUGUUAGUGUGGGUGACUGCUCGACAGUUUCAUUGGAGGGCCCAGAAGUCCAGAUGUUUACCUUCACCAAAACAGAGUUUUAUGCGGUGACGAGCUACCAGAAUCCAAAGAUGAAUCAGCUUAAAAUCGACUGCAAUCCUUUUAGGUUGGCCUUCAGAGAAGACAGCGAGAAAAAUUUCAUACAUGCUGUGACCGAUAGGCGUCAAUCGCAGUCUACUGUCAAUCACAGUCACCGUGAGAACUCAGACAAUAUAGACCACAUUUCAACACACACUUUUGCCAAAUCAGAGUCUGAUGUAGAGGAGGAUCGAGUGUUAUUAGACAGGAAGAGGCUCAUCAGAUGCUUCACAAGAGGAGAUUCGGCACCGGAUGGAUAUGUGUCGUCUUUAGAUUAUUGUGAACAUACUGAACGCUUGAAAUCAUGUGAGGUACCAGCAGGUUCUUCUGAAGCUCUUCGUCUCUCCGGUAAAGACGAAACCUCAGAUCAUGUCUCUAUGAAUAAGUCUGCUCCUACAAAUGUCUCAGUCGCGACGCCCUCCUCACUUCACGGGAUAAAGAGCGUCACCAGUCAGCAGAGAUCUGCUGACCUCACAAGGUCACGUCCCUCUGAUAUCUUCAUGUCAAGGAGUGUUUAUUGUAGAUCGAAGCGCUUGAGGAGAGCAAGGAAAGCCAAGUCUAAAUGGUGGUCUAAUGUGAAGUAUAAAAAAGCUGUCGUUCAUCUCGACCCUGCUGACGUGUCCGUGCAGCCGGACCUUGAGGAUGUGGAUGGCAUGUUGUUCGUGUCUUUUGGUGUGAAGGAGGCUCUUGAUGUUCAUGUUGUAAAUAUGAGGAGGUCCAUGGAGUUGUCAUCAGCAUCACUCGCUCACAUUCAAACUGAGAACUCACAGUCUGAUAAAGAAGUUCAUUUACCGCAGGAAGACAUCAUCUCACGACAGGAGAGCAUCUUACUACAACAUCUGAAGAAGCAGAAGAACAGACAGAUCAUUCAUCCUCUGCUUUAUGACGUUGGGCUGAAACUGAACCUUCUAGAUCCAGCUGUACCUGUAGACUUACAUUAUCUAGGUGUGCGUUUACCUCCACCUGCUGUCAAUCUAAACCUGUCAACAUCCUCUGAUGUUCAGCUUGUAUCACGGGCUAGAAAGACAGAGGAUCCGAUCAAGACUAAAGGGUGGAAGGAGAACAUUCAUGAACAGAGCUCGGUGGAGAGCUCGAUCAACCGCUCUGCAUUUUUCUCGGAUGAGUUGGAGAAGUAUCUUGAAAGAGAGGCACAGCAGAUCUGUCAGCGCGCCGCUGUGUUUUCUGCAAGCUCUCCGUCCCCUGUUGUCUACCAGAUGCCUGCCAAAAGCAGCAGUUACGUCCGAACAUUGGACAGCGUUCUUCAGACGAGAGGCUUGACAGCAGCUCCUCUCACCCCUUCAACAGACUCUCACAAACUACCCAAUGUGUUUCCUUCUCAAUCUGCUGUGAGAAGGACACCAAGAAACCUCACAUCCUCAAAGAGAUCCAGGCAAACCACUCCAGCAACAGUCAGCAACAGACUGAAACCCAGAACCACUCGCCAUUCACCUCAAGACCGUCAUCCUACGAUGUCCAGCGACGGAGAGGAGCGCAGACCUUUAAAAAAACUGAGCCCGUGUUCAGCCUUCAAUGACUGUGGUAGAGCUGCUAAAAAGCAAAAGAUGCUCUUGGAGCAUGAACAGGAAGCAGUUUUUCACGGCAAGAGUCGCACAUGUGUCACAACAGAGAGAGCCAAGUUUGCUUUGAGUUCACUGCUGACUUCAGAUAAAUCUGAGACGACAUCGUUCGGUAUGCAUCUCGUCAGUGAAGAUGUUUGCGGUAAUGACUUUUGCCGCUUGGGUUGUGUUUGCGAGAGUCUAAACAGAAAGAGACGUGGACCCUUACACUGCAGACGACUUCAGUGCAUGUUUGGCUGCGACUGCUUCAAGCACAAAGUUUUUCUCAUCCAUCCACCAGAAAGAGGCCAAGCACAUAUCAGGAAGAUGCCGCUUAUGGCUUUCACCGUUGCUGAUCCAAAACUGAAGUGCAGACCUGAACCUGCGCCCGCUAUCACCAGCCUGUGGAACAGAAGAUCUGAUGAUGAUGACACCGAGCUCGUCUUUACUCCUGCAGCAGCUCCCGCACUACAACAAGCCGUUCGCUCACGUGUCUAUGUUCCUCGCCCGAAUCCUGUCGUGCGGGAAUUGGAGAAAGAUCCAGUUUACAGGUACUUAGAAAGCAAGAUGACGUGCGCUCGUGUUCGAGAAUACAACAGUAAUCCACCGCCACAGUUUCACAUACUACCCGUCAUGAAGAAUGUACAAGAGCCAGAUAACAAGACCAGUGAAGAAUCUGGACAGCUUCCUACGCAUGAACAUCUGAUGUCUCCAAGUUCAGACGCGAACCCUACAGCGUCUGGAGUGAACACAGGAGAUCCAGAACCCACUAAAGUUCUUGAAAUCAUUUCCAAGUGUAACUGGGAGGCCCAACGGUCUCUGUUGCUUAAGAAACUCUUUCACUGCAUCAAAAUGGACCUCCUCUCAUCAUCUCUCUUCAUCGACAUCUACAAAGUGGAUCUUCUCUCUACAACUCUUAAAAAAGACGAGGGACGCUGCACGUUAAGCUACAAGGUCUGCGUCUCCCUCAGUCAGACGUCCAAACUGACGGAUGAGCCAAAGAAAAUCAUGAAUGAGGGAAAAAUCACCAAUGAACAGACAGAUGUCAACACUUCUGUUCGUCAUCAAUUCCACAAAUGCAGUAGUAAUGACCAGCAAGUCCGAAAUAUUGCUGAAAAGCAUUUUCCUCUUCGGUCUCGUGUUGUUCCCGCUGGUUGCUUAAAGGCCAGCAUGAAGACGCCUGCGUGCGCCCGCCCAAUUCAGGUCAAUGGAAAAACAUACAGCCAAGCAAAAUUGUUUUUGGGCCAAAUGGGAUCACUGCAUCCUACAAACCGUCUUGCUGCGUACGUCACUGGCAGGAUGAAGCAAAUGUGUCAAAGUCGGUCUCAGAGCAGAUUAAUUUCAGCUGCACAACCACAUGACUCUGCCUCGAACUCUUCAUCAACACCUAACUCUAUCACUUCACGUAAGCCCAGACUAGUUUCUAAUAUUAUCCCAAUCUUCAUACCCUCACCCAAACCUGCAGGAAGUGUCAGCGGCGUUUCACAACCCAACCUUGAUCAAACACCUGCUAAGCCUGAUGUAGUUCUCCCAGCUGCUGCUCUUCCACCAGGUCAACAGGUCGUUCUGCAGCCGGUCCCAGGUGUGAGUGGGGAAAACUUCUGUCAAUUUAAUGGACAAAUGAUUAAACUAGUUCCUCUGCCGACAGUUUUACCUGUUCGGCUGCAAACCAGUCCCAGCUGCAAAGGUAACACUGAACAAGAACCACAAGCCACUCCAAAGACCUUUUUGCUGCCCGGACUGGCCGGCCUUAGCUUUACUAGCGGUGCUACAGUUCACAGUUUACAGAAUGGUCUUACUGGUAAGCCAGGAAUGUUUUCCUUUCGGAUUUGCCCACCUGCUAAAGACCAGACGGGAAAACCAGGAGAAACUGACUCCACAAUAUUACUCCCUGGAGGCUUCAGGUUACUGAAACUGCCCUCGGCAGAGAACAGCCCGUCUGCCUUCAUUCCCUUAGGAUCACAUCUGAUGAACAAAUGCACAGCAACAAAAUCCAGCCAAGAUUGUGAAGGUCCUUCAGCAUGUAAUGACUCCAUACAGACUCUCAGUAAGUCCAAAACCAUCGCUAAUAACUCCACUCAAGAGACUCAUAAUAGUUCAUCUAUUGAACCUAACGUUGAACAGAAGAAUCAGAUUGUUUGUGGUCCAGAUACAGACAGCAUGUCACGCUCCAGCCAUGUAGAAGACACUAAUGAAGGUCCAAUGAGACACAAAUCCUCCGUUCAUAUUAAAACAGAGCAGAGUGAAAUUCCAACUAACCCUAAUGAACCUGAACACCGUCUGGUAUCUAAAGAUGUUUCUAUAAAAACUGAGCCACAUGAGUCUAAGUCUGAACCUGUUGAUUAUCCAGCAAAUACAGACACAUUGUUUGGUAUAAACCCUGAUAACACUGAACAAAGUGAUGAUGAAAAGUUUUUCAUUAUUAAAGUAGAGACUUGUGAUGAAACAUCAGGAAAUGACCAGUUCCCCGAUCACACUAAAAACAACAGGAGCCCACAGAAAGAAGACUCGCCAUCCAGACGCCUAAACACGGAUGACCGGGUCCAACCCCCUGGAAAUAAUUUUCCACUUCUCAAAACAGGUGAUGGCCCAGUUUCAUGUGAGGUCUUCAGACAGUCCAUUAACGGCCCAAGACGGACUAUCAGAUCUUUCAUCUUCUCUGACAUCCUAAAGGGCGCCCAGCAAGAUUCAAGAGACAAUAAAGUUGAAAUACUCAAGUGGCCGUUUAAACGAAAGCAGCCAGCUGAGAACUCGGAUGAGGAAGAAGAGGAAGAAGCACAAGAUGAUUGUAACUCUUCAGUUGAUGGUGAAUUGAGUUCAAGCCUCAAUGACUCUGAUAACAUCUCCAUGUGUUUCGGUGAUGAUUGGACCUCAGAUGACAGUAAUGAGACGUGUAGUGAAGAAGAUAUUGACAUUGAGACGUAUGAAGAGAACAAUGAAAUGAUGAACAUCUUUCGGUUACGGGCAGAGGCCAGAAGGAAAUCACAGAAAGUAAAAAAGCACAGACGAAGACCGAGAGAUAAAUGGAGUGGAUUUAAGGCGAGACGGACGGAGGGUGAUGCAGUGGAGCGUGUGUCUGAUCUGUGUGUGUAUAAACGAGCUUGGUAUCUGAAUGAGUCGGCGAGGAAACGGAAACGCCGCAUGGAGUUACAUCAGUACUUUAUAUCAUUAUACAGAACUGUGAAUGCUGAAAAACAGAAGAUGAACAUUAGGGAUGUUCUGGAUCAGGCUCGUCAUACGAUUGAAGCUCUUGAACGCCGUAGCAGUUCUCUGAUGGACAAGAAGAAAUCUUUGCUUCAGAAACAGUCCAAAUACAUUGCUUUACUUUCACAGCUCUCUGCAGCAACAGCAGGAUCAAUCUUACAACAAGCUGGCCAAGAAACUGCACAAGAAACACAUUUACACAAACAUUCAGUGGCCUAUAGGAGACCCGUAGGUUUGCCCAAAGUAGUGCUGCAGUCAUUUAACAAGAUUUAGACUCGGCUCUCUGCUUGGACAUCACCUUACAUUUCAAGAGGUGCAAGAUGGACACAACAGACAAACAAAAAUAUCUUCUCGUGAGGAAGAGCUCUUCUAAAUGAUGGACAAAGCUGCCUAUGAUCAUGUGACACACAUCUCACAUCUGCCCUUGAUGAAUACAGCUGAUAUUUGAAUCUAGGCUACAGAUAAAAAGAAAAGCAAAGGUUUACCUGAUUGUUACGCUUUAUAUAGGUUAGUUUGCACAUAUGAAUGUAUUGAAAUGAAUCAAGAUACUACUGGAGGACCUCAUUGAAACCCCACAUUGGGGCAGCAUUAUUAUGGCAUCUUGUUUAAUAUUAAACACUGCACAAACUGUGAAAUUUAUUAUUUUAGAUUUUUUGUAUUAAGUUUAGUCAAUUACUGAAUUAUCGGAGGGGUGUUUUGUAUCUACUGACUUUAUUAUUCAAAUGAUGUUAUUAAAAGCGCUUUAAAUGCAUUUAAAAUUAAAUUUAAACAUGUUUCAAUAUUUUGCCUUUAGUGUUGUUUUUAAUAUAUUUAUCAGCAGUGCAGAAGUCUAAUGAAAGUUAAAGUCCGAUAUUAAAUGUUUUCUCCGUUUGUGACACUACGGGAAAAUGUGUUAUUAAUCACUGUUAUGGUCCAUAUUAUAUCUUUACAGUGUUUAUAAGUUUGCGGUGUCAAAACAAAACUCAGAUGAAAUGUUUUUGAAUUUGAGUAUUUUUUUUUUCAAACAUAAAGAAUGUACAUAAAUUCAGGGAAAUAGAAGACAAGUUAUAGACAGAGUUUAACUUGCAGACAAUUGAGUAAUAAUACAAGGAAAAAUGAAAACAAAACAAACAAAUCAGUUAUUGGUUUGCAUAAGGUUAAACUGUAUAACAGUUAUAAACUCAACAUCGGA